GGCGGAAGUCUGCGAGCCUUUCGCCGGGUGUUCCCACUACACAGGAGGGUAGGAUUGGCCCGUGCCUCCGCCGCGGCGUUAUCCUGAUCCCCGCUCGCCCCAAAGAGCCUGAUCCAGGCGCCGCCGCCGCACCAUGGCCGCCCCAGACCUGUCUACCAACCUCCAGGAGGAGGCCACCUGCGCCAUCUGCCUCGAUUACUUCACCGACCCGGUGAUGACCGACUGCGGCCACAACUUCUGCCGUGAGUGCAUCCGACGUUGCUGGGGCCAACCCGAGGGGCCGUACGCGUGCCCCGAGUGCCGCGAGCUGUCGGCGCAGAGGAACCUGCGGCCCAACCGCCCGCUCGCCAAAAUGGCAGAAAUGGCGCGGCGCCUGCACCCGCCGUCGCCCGUCCCGCAGGGCGUAUGCGCCGCGCACCGCGAGCCGCUGGCCACUUUCUGCGGCGAUGACCUCUGCCUGCUGUGCCCUACCUGCGAGCGCUCGGAGCACUGGGCUCACAGGGUGCGACCGCUGCAGGACGCGGCCGAUGAGCUCAAGGGGAGACUUGAGAAGUCACUGGAACACCUGCGGAAACAAAUGGAGGAUGCGAUGCUGUUCCAAGCCCAGGCUGAGGAAACCUGUGCCUUGUGGCAGAAGAUGGUGGAGAGCCAGCGGCAGAACGUGCUGGGCGAGUUUGAGAGGCUGCGCCGCCUGUUGGCCGAGGAGGAGCAACAGCUGCUGCAGAAACUGGACGAAGAGGAGCUGGAGGUCCUGCCCCGCCUACGCGAGGGUGCAGCCAGGCUCGGCCAGCAGAGCACGCAGCUGGCAGCCCUCAUCUCACAGCUGGAGAGUCGCUGCCAACUGCCAGCGCUGGGGUUAUUGCAGGACAUCAAGGACACCCUGUGCAGGGUACAGGAUGUGAAGCUGCAGCCUCCAGGAGUGGUGCCCAUGGAGCUGAGGACCGUGUGCCGGGUCCCAGGGCUGGUGGAGACCCUGCGGAGGUUCCGAGGGGACAUUACCCUGGAUCCAGACACCGCCAACCCGGAGCUGGUCUUAUCUGAAGACCGGAGAAGUGUGCAACGUAGUGACCAGCGGCAGGCCCUGCCUGACAGCCCAGAGCGUUUUGACCCAGGCCCCUGUGUGCUGGGCCAGGAGCGCAUUACCUCUGGCCGCCACUACUGGGAGGUAGAAGUUGGGGACCGCACCAGCUGGGCGCUUGGCGUGUGUAAGGAAAAUGUUAACAGGAAGGAAAAGGGGGAGCUGUCAACUGGCAACGGGUUCUGGAUCCUGGUGUUCCUGGGGAGUUUCUAUAAUUCCACUGAGCGGGCCUUCUCCCCGCUGCGGGAGCCUCCCAAGCGUGUGGGGAUUUUUCUGGACUAUGAAGCUGGUCAUCUCUCCUUCUACAGUGCCACAGAUGGCUCACUGCUGUUUAUCUUCCCUGAGACUCCCUUCUCAGGUACACUCCGGCCCCUCUUCUCACCCCUGUCCAGCAGCCCAACCCCUAUGACCAUCUGUAGGCUGAUAGGUGUACCUGGGGACACCAGUGGUCCCCAGUGACCCGGACCCUCUGUGAGAGUCCCUUCACCUCUCCUGGUUCCUUGUCCUGACCCUGCAGAGAAGCCCAGGGGCCAGUUCACAUCCUGUGAGCAUUAGGAGGAGUACAUAGUGCCUUUCUGACCAUGUGUGGGAAACACAGGUUCUCAGGCUCAGAGACGGUAUGAUGGGAGUGCGCUGAGCUGGGCUCUGUCCUCAUGGUGGGGAUCUUCUCUGCCACCGAUGGCACUUAGUGCCAAAAGCCCUCACCAAAGCACUAAGUCCCAUGUGUCACCAGCACCUCUGAUUCUAGGUUCCAGUAACAUCUUAGGCUUUUCCAGAAGUAACCCCAGCCUGUUCACAUUGCUGUGCAGCAGCCUGGCUUGGUCUGCCUACCAA